GUCCCGGGCGGGGAGGGGAGGAGCCGGGCGCAGCGAGGGGAGGGGAGGGCAGGGAGGAGAGGGAGGGGGCGGGGGAGCGCCGUGCGUCCGGCCGGCGGCAGCGGCACCCGCGGCGCGCCCGUCCCAGCGCCCACCCCGGGCAGUGGAAACUGAGCCACAAUGGAGGCUGUCGUCUCAGAUAGUCCUCCAAACCCAAGUUGCAAAAUCAUGACUUUUAGGCCUUCGAUGGAUGAAUUCAGGGACUUCAACAAAUACUUAGCAUACAUGGAAUCACAAGGCGCUCACAGAGCUGGAGUUGCAAAGGUCAUCCCACCAAAAGAGUGGAAGCCAAGAAAACAUUAUGAUGAUAUUGAAGAUUUGGUAAUUCCUGCUCCAAUUCAGCAGAUGGUCACUGGCCAGUCAGGGCUCUUCACACAGUAUAACAUUCAGAAAAAGCCAAUGACAGUGAAGGAGUUCAAGCAGCUGGCCAACAGUGACAAAUACUGCACCCCAAGACACAUAGCUUAUGAAGACCUGGAGCGUAAAUACUGGAAGAACUUGACUUUUGUGGCACCAAUUUAUGGAGCAGAUAUCAAUGGAAGCAUUUAUGAUGAAGGUAUUGAGGAAUGGAAUAUUGCCCACCUUAAUACAAUAUUGGAUGUUGUAGGAGAAGAAUGUGGAAUUUCUAUUGAGGGUGUGAAUACGCCAUAUCUGUAUUUUGGCAUGUGGAAAACAACAUUUGCAUGGCACACCGAAGACAUGGAUCUCUACAGUAUUAAUUAUCUACAUUUCGGGGAGCCAAAGUCAUGGUAUGCUAUUCCUCCAGAACAUGGGAAGCGACUUGAAAGACUAGCUCAAGGUUUCUUCCCAAGCAGCUCUCAAGGAUGCGGUGCUUUUCUUCGCCACAAGAUGACACUGAUUUCUCCCUCCAUAUUGAAGAAGUAUGGAAUUCCUUUUGACAAGGUUACACAAGAGGCAGGGGAAUUUAUAAUCACCUUCCCAUAUGGAUACCAUGCAGGAUUCAACCAUGGUUUUAACUGUGCAGAGUCAACAAACUUUGCCACUAUCCGAUGGAUUGAUUAUGGAAAGGCAGCAAAGUUGUGCACAUGCAGGAAAGACAUGGUAACAAUAUCCAUGGACAUUUUUGUGAAGAAGUUUCAACCAGACAGAUACCAGCUGUGGAAACAAGGCAAAGAUUUAUAUAUCAUAGAUCAUACAAAACCUACUCCUGAAUCAACACCUGAAGUAAAGAUCUGGCAGCAAAGAAGAAAGAAAAAGAAGCUUCCCAAGAGCUUACAGCACAACAGAUCUCGAUCUAAAAAGCUUAAAACUCCAGAGGACAAGAGACUGUCUGCUGUGGCAACUGAUGCAGAAAUCAUAGCGACUGAAGCAACUGCUGAUGACUUCAAGGUCAAUGAAAAACAAGAAGAAAAAGUGAGACGACUAAGUGCAGGAGUGCCUUCUGGGGAAGAAGAAAACAGUGGUAGAAUGCAGCUGGAUCAGGUGUUAUUGGAUAAUGCCAAGGGUGCAGGAAGCAUCCUUUCAGAAUCAUUUUCCAGUCCUGCUCCUACACUAGAGAAAACAAAAAUCAAAGAUGAAGAUGGAGCAGAUUCCAAUGACUCUGUCAUUACAUCUGAAGAUUCAGUGGCCUGUGUGCCCAUUUCUGAUAACUGUAGAAAAGAAGAGAGUUUGAAAUCUCAAUAUCAGUCUGUGUCACCCAUACCAUUCAAUGAGUCGCAGGAACAUACUUCUGAGGUGGAAAACCCAGGUAAAGAGGAAAAUGCCUUUAUAGAGGAUGAUGUGAGUGACCUAGAAAGCUGUGGAAGUAUCUUGGAACAUGGAGAAGUGCCUGUUGCAAAAAAGGAUGAAGAAGAUGGCAUGGAAACAUCCAGUUCAGCAGAAGCUGAAAGCAAGAAAAUAUCUAAAAGUUGGCGGCAUCCACUAAAUAAACCCCCAGCUAGAUCUCCAAUGACUUUGGUUAAACAGCAAGCAACUAGUGAUGAAGAACUGCCUGAAACAACUGUAAUGGAAGAGGAUGUUCACGAGACAGAGACAUGGGCUAGGCCUCUGAUCUCCCUUUGGCAGACGAGAGUACCUAAUUUCAGUGCUGAAAAAGAAUACAAUGCAGCUUGUGCAAAAAAGGAACCUCACUGUGCCAUUUGCACUCUUCUCAUGCCAUACUAUAAGAUUUUGUUUAUUUUCCAGCCAGACAAUCAUGCAGAAGAAGGUUCCACUUACAGGGAAACAAACUCAGAAGAAAUAUUGAUGAAUGAAAAUGAAAAAUCUAAACCUCUUAUUCCAGAGAUGUGUUUUAUUUAUAGUGAAGAAAACACUGAAAACUAUCCAUCAAAUGCCUUUAUUGAAGAAGAUGGAACAAGUCUUCUGAUUUCAUGUGCAAAGUGUUGUGUUCGAGUUCAUGCAAGUUGCUACGGUGUUCCUUCUCAUGAAAUCCAUAACGAAUGGUUGUGUUCGCGAUGCAGAAAAGAAGCCUGGACAGCCGAAUGUUGUCUCUGCAAUUUGAGAGGUGGUGCAUUAAAGGAAACUACUGACAAGAAGUGGGCGCAUGUAAUGUGUGCAAUUGCCAUUCCAGAAGUGAGAUUUGUUAAUGUUAUGGAACGUACACCAAUAGACACUAGCAGAAUACCUUUACAAAGAUUGAAAUUGAAAUGUAUUUUCUGCAGACAGAGAGUUAAGAAAAUUUCUGGUGCCUGCAUUCAGUGUUCUUAUGGACGCUGUCCAGCUUCCUUCCAUGUAACCUGUGCCCAUGCUGCAGGAGUGCUGAUGGAACCUGACGACUGGCCGUAUGUUGUCUACAUUACAUGUUGCAGGCACAAGAUCAACCAAAAUGUGAGAACUAAAGCAUGUGAGAAGUCCAUUACAGUUGGGCAGACAGUCAUAACGAAACACAGAAAUACACGAUACUAUAGCUGCAGAGUCAUAGGAGUGACAUCUCAGCUUUUCUAUGAAGUUAUGUUUGAUGAUGGCUCUUUCAGUCGAGAUACUUUUCCUGAAGACAUCGUGAGCAGAGACUGCCUAAAGCUGGGCCCACCUGCAGAGGGAGAGGUUGUCCAAGUGAAAUGGCCUGAUGGAAAACUGUAUGGUGCAAAGUACCUGGGAACAAAUACAGCUCACAUGUAUCAGGUUGAGUUUGAAGAUGGUUCUCAAAUAGUAAUGAAGAGAGAAGAGAUCUAUACACUAGAUGAAGAGCUUCCUAAAAGAGUAAAAGCACGUUUUUCUACAGCCUCUGUCAUGAGAUUUGAAGACACGUUUUAUGGAGCAGAUAUUAUCCUGGGAGAGAAGAAGAGACAAAGAGUACUGAGCUCCCGUUUUAGGAAUGAAUAUGUGGAUGAUCCAGGAUACCGCACCUUCUUAAAAAGCUCUUUCCAGAAGCACUGCCAGAAGGGAUUAUAAAGAAAUAACAAAGAGCCAAAGACAGACAAACACACACACAGAAUGUUAGACUGGUUACAGCUGACUAAAAAUCAUACAAUGUUAGUUGCAGUUGGUUUUGGUUUAAUUAAACACUUGGUUUUACAGUGAACCAGUCCAUACAUGAGACUGGUAAGUUGCAGUACUUGAGUUACAAUUUCUCCAGUUAAUGCAUUAAAGAUUUUGUAGCAUUUUGCAUUAUGAAACUAAGAGGGAAAACCAAGUGAGAGAAGUGAGAGGAAAUGGCAUUAAACAGUGAUAUGCUGAAGAAAAUUUUCAGUCCUGCUUGCCUUGAAGUUAGUGAUAAAAUUCCAUUUGAAUUACUGGAGAAGAUUCGUAUCCAAAAAAGGAGACAUUUUAGUAACAAGAGACAAUCUCAGUGGCUUUUUUUUUUUUUUUUUCUGCAGGUGGGAAAGGAUGUUAAGUUUAAUAAUGGCAGUUUUUAUAAAACGUUUUUAAAGCAAAUACAAAUGUGUACAGGAUUAAGACAAAUGAAAGCUGUACUUACUUUGUACAGUGCUUUUACAUUUUUAUGUCACUACUGCUUUCAGUAGGGUUUGAUGUGGACUCAGCUGUUGACUUAAAUAUUUUUGGCUUUUAAGAAAGGUAUCUUCAGCCCAGCAAUGGUGUUUUGUAUAUUUAAAGAGAGAUUUUUGCAGUUAUUUUUAAACACAUUUUUCAUAAGAUCUAUUAAAAAAUAUCUAUUUGUAAAAUAAAAUUUUCUUUCAUUAUGUGUGUGAAAUACUAGAGUUUAAAUAUAUAUACUUAACAGACUAGUUUUGAAUGAAUAUAAUAUGGUCUUCCUUUUAAAAUAAUAUUCUAUCAAUGUAAUAAUGUUUUAAAUAAGUAUAAAAAUAAAAAAUCCUUUUACUUCCAUCA